AUGGUACCAACUCAAAAAGUAGCCAUUGCGAGUCACGUAAACGGCAUCCGCCUUCUCCUGCUCGGCCUUGGCUUUAAUGGGCAUUCCGUCUUUGAUCCAAUGGCUCUUUCGGACCAUCCGCUAUUCUUGAUUUUGGCUUCGGCCUGCCGCGAGCUUUCUCUUGCAUGUUCUGCCCAUGGCCGAGCUCUCUCAUCUAGCCAUAGGCAUCUUCUCGUAUCACAUCUUGCUUGCGCUGGUUCUUGCUUUGUAGGUGAACAGCACUGUGUAUUACAGCAAAUGAAAGAGGCCGUAUUGUCUGUUUGUGUAUACUGCUGUCACCGUGCGACGACUGACGCAGGCCGUGCAUGA